AUGGGUGGCUUCAAGGCUGUCGAGGAUCGGCCGACGCCGAAGGAGGUGUACAACUGGAAGCUCUACAUCGAGGCCGUAAUCAUUGCGAUGGGAUCUUUCCUAUUCGGCUACGACUCGGCAUUCAUCGGAACCACCAUUGCCCGCAACAGCUUCAAGAAAGACUUUGGGAUCAACUCGGGGAACUCCAACAACAUCUCCAGUAAUAUCACAUCAGCUUUUCAGGCCGGAGCUUUGGGCGGCGCAGUGCUCUGCUUCUUUAUUACCGAGCGGUUGGGUAGAAAGUGGACUCUUCAGGUCAAUGUUGUGAUUUUCCUCAUUGGCGCAAUCCUGAUGACUGCCGCGACGAACCAGCUGUCAUAUAUCUACGCGGGUCGCGCCCUCACUGGCAUCGGAUGCGGUGGAAUCACAGCCACGGUCCCGUCAUACAUUGGAGAGUUGUCGAUCCCCUCUAUUCGUGGUAUCCUCACCGGUCUCUUCGAAGUUGCAUACCAGAUCGGCAGUGUCAUUGGCUUCUGGAUCAACUACGGCAUUACGCAAACCAUCAACCCCAACCUGCCAGCCAGUUGGAGAAUCCCAAUGGCAUUCCAACUCGUGCCCGCCGGAAUCCUGUUUGUCGGUUGCUUCUUCAUCCACGAGAGUCCGCUCUGGCUUCUGCGUAAGAACAAGACAGAACGGGCCCACAAGGUUCUUGAGGGUCUUCGAGGCUUGCCGAUCGAUCACAAGUACAUGCAAGAAGAACUCGAACAGUUCCAAAAGAAACUUGACGAAGAAAAAUUAGUCUCGUCGCAAUAUGGAACCGGACAAUGGGCAUACCUGCGCGGCGUCGCGAAUAUUUUGUGUCGCAAGGGCAUGUGGAACCGCCUUGUCCUCGUCUUCUGUGCCUUUGCUCUCAACAAUCUCUCUGGAGCCGCGGCUAUCAACUACUACUCGCCUACCCUCUUCGCGUCGAUCGGUAUCACGGACGUCUCUCUCUACACCGGUAUUUACGGACUGAUCAAGGCCAUUGCGUCUAUCAUCUACUUCAUCUUCCUGAUUGACGUCCUUGGCAGACGUUGGCCCGCAAUCGUCUCCUCGUUCUUCUGCUCGUUGUGCCUCUUUAUUGUUGGAGCCUACGUAAAGAUUGGACAUCCCGCCGAUAUCAUCGCCGCUGGCAAAGAACUAUCCGCGUCUACUGCUGCCGGUGGUAAGGCAGCCACUGGCAUGAUCAUGAUAUACUCCAUCUGCUGGUCUUUCGGCUUGAACGGUAUCCCCUGGAUUGUUAGUGCCGAAAUCUUCCCCGGUGCUCUCCGCAACUUCACCGGCACCUACGCUGCUCUCGUUGUCUGGGCUACCCAGUUUGCCAUCACCAAAGCCAUGCCGUACAUCUUCAGCUCCUUUGGCUACGGAACCUGGUUCUUCUUUGCCUCAUGGAUGAUUGUCGCCAGCUUGUGGGGCUACUUCUUCUUGCCUGAGACCAAGGGCCUUACCAUGGACCAAAUGGAUAUUGUCUUUGGUUAUGCACAUGACGCCCGCCCAGAGCCUUCAACUAAGUUCCUCGAUGCGAAAUUUGAUGACAAUAAGGCGAAUCCAAGCGAGCACACUGAGGUUGUUUGA